ACCAGUUUUGAAUGCCGUGAAAGGACGAAGUUUCAUAAGAUGGUUCGUCAAAAUGACCAAAAGGCUCGGGAAUUCAUUCUUGAAUUACAGAAACAAGCUGCCAAGUGUAAUUUCGGUGAUCAACUUCAUGUGCAACUGAGAGAUUGAUUAAUUGCAGGAAUUAACACACCGAGUUUGAAAAGAGAGCUGUUAAAAAUGCUAAACUGUUCCUUUCAAGAUGCUAGAACUGCGUGUAUUAACUACGAAGCAGUCAAUGAACUUGAUAUCCAGUCGAUGAAGAUUUCUAAUACUUUGCUUAGUCGUCAUGAUAAACUACAAUCUCAGGGUCAAUCAAACUUGCGUUCACUUAACAGUGAUUCCUAUUCUCGUGUUAAUAUGAAAGGUGUUUCAACGAGGAAUUACAAAGCAAAUCACAAAGGUGAGAUGAAGUUUGGUAAAUGUUUAUCAUGUGGAAAGUUUCAUGCUCGCAAUUCAUGUGUAUUUCGUAAUGCUAAAUGUUUUAAAUGUGGUAAGGUAGGACACAUUCAGUCAGUAUGCAAAGCUACUGUCCAUUUUGCUUCAAGCUGUACUAAAUCUUGUAAUUUAAAUUUCAAUAAUUCGGAUGUUUCUAAUGAUCAUUUAUCUUUAUCAACGAUUUCAAAAGACAGUGCAGAGUCAUAUGGCAGUUCAGAGUUAGAUGAAAUCCAGAAUUCUUGUGAGACAACAGUUCCUUAUCAACCGAUUUAUCAGAAUUCUCAUGCUAUUGUACCAGGUAUGACUUUUCCUAAUGAUUCACAUAUUUCUAACGAAAUUAAUUGCAAUAUUGAGGAAAAUAUGUUAAAUGAACCUAAUCAUGAUCGGAAACCUGAUGUGGUUUGGAUAGAUGCUGAUUUUUCUAACGAUCCCACGCUCAGCAAUGACAGUCCUAAUGAAUUUCAUGAGAAUAUUUCAGAAGAAUCAAAUCCUGAUGUCAUAUCAUAUAUUACCUCUCCUCAUAAUGCAUUUGAUCCUUGUGAAAAACCUGCUCAAUGCGAAGCACGAGUAUUAAGUGACCUCAAGUUUGAUUACAUUUCGGAUGAUUUCAUAUCAACUGCUGUUUACCCUUAUCACGAAAACAGUUCUAAUGUUUACUCUGAACAUUGUGAGAAAUAUGUUUUAAAUGAAGCCACAUUAUUCAUAACUUGGGGAUAUAAAGAUCCAACAUUAUUUCGUGGGGGAGGAUAGUGUUGAAAAAUCUAUGGUUCAAAUUCUAGA